UAUAUUACUGAAACUGAUUCUUCAAAGCCUGCAAGGAAGGACAAAAAGGAAAGCAAGGGACACUCCCACACAAACACACAUACACAAAACCACAAUGACCAUUCAAAAGCUUGGACGUGCAUUGAUUUGUUCUACCAGAGAGUGGAACAGCAGCCUGAAGAACUUAUGAUGAAAGAGCACUGUAGGCCCUACAGCAGUGCCAGACCAAGUCGGAUCAGCAAUUCCACCAUGGAAAGCCUGCCGUCACUCAAGCCUAACUACAUGUCUGUGUGUUUGUUUGCAGAAGAAUCUUAUCAAAAAUUAGCAAUGGAAACUUUGGAGGAAUUGGACUGGUGUUUAGACCAACUUGAAACUAUUCAGACCUAUCGAUCUGUUAGUGAGAUGGCAUCCAAUAAGUUCAAGAGAAUGUUAAACCGGGAACUGACACAUCUUUCAGAAAUGAGCCGAUCAGGGAAUCAAGUCUCUGAAUAUAUUUCGAAUACUUUCCUAGACAAGCAGAAUGAUGUGGAGAUUCCUUCUCCUACACAGAAGGACAGAGAGAAAAAGAAGAAGCAACAGGUUAUGACACAGAUCAGUGGUGUAAAAAAGUUAAUGCACAGUUCCAGCUUGAAUAACACUAGUAUUUCAAGAUUUGGUGUGAAAACAGAAAAGGAAGAUCAUUUAGCUAAGGAGCUAGAAGAUCUGAAUAAAUGGGGAUUGAAUAUAUUUAAUGUUGCAAGAUACUCACACAGUAGACCUCUCACUUGCAUCAUGUAUGCCAUUUUCCAGGAAAGAGAUCUACUGAAGACAUUCAAAAUCUCAUCAGAUACCUUUAUAGCUUACAUGAUGACUUUGGAAGACCACUACCACACAGAUGUAGCUUACCAUAAUAGUCUCCAUGCAGCUGAUGUAGCCCAGUCGACUCAUGUUCUUCUGUCCACACCAGCUUUGGAUGCUGUAUUCACUGAUUUAGAAAUUUUGGCAGCAAUUUUUGCAGCAGCAAUUCAUGAUGUAGAUCACCCUGGUGUCUCCAAUCAGUUCCUUAUUAAUACAAAUUCUGAACUUGCUUUAAUGUACAAUGAUGAGUCCGUCUUGGAAAACCACCAUCUUGCUGUUGGUUUUAAACUUCUACAAGAAGAGCAUUGUGACAUCUUCCACAAUCUGACCAAGAAACAACGUCAAAGUCUCAGGAAAAUGGUGAUAGACAUGGUCUUGGCAACAGAUAUGUCCAAGCACAUGUCACUUCUGGCAGAUUUAAAGACGAUGGUAGAAACUAAAAAAGUUACAAGUUCUGGAGUCCUCCUGCUAGAUAACUACACUGAUAGAAUACAGGUUCUCCGAAAUAUGGUCCAUUGUGCUGAUUUAAGUAAUCCUACCAAAUCUCUUGAACUCUAUCGGCAGUGGACAGAUAGAAUUAUGGAGGAGUUUUUCCAGCAAGGGGACAAAGAACGGGAGAGGGGAAUGGAAAUCAGCCCAAUGUGUGACAAGCACACAGCUUCUGUGGAGAAGUCUCAGGUGGGAUUCAUUGAUUAUAUUGUUCAUCCACUUUGGGAGACCUGGGCAGACCUAGUACAGCCCGAUGCUCAAGAUAUUUUGGAUACCCUGGAAGACAACCGUAAUUGGUAUCAAAGUAUGAUCCCUCAGAGUCCUUCCCCUCCCCUCGAAGAACGCAGCCAAGACUGUCAGGGCCUGAUGGAGAAAUUCCAGUUUGACCUUACUCUUGAAGAGGAAGACUCCGACGGGCCUGAGAAAGAGAGUGACAGUAUCCAUUACUACAGCAGUACCAAGACACUUUGUGUCAUUGACCCAGGAAAAAGGGAUUCCCAGCAGGACACUAAUAUAGAGAUUGUGACAAAAGAUGCAUCGCUGAUUGAUACUUAACAUUACUGUAUCCGUCAUGGUGAUUUUAUUCAUGCACAUGAAGAUUGUCUCGUGUGCUAUAGCCUGAAAGUCUAGCUGUUAGGCCAGCACCUGUUAUUGGCUAGAAGACUUUCCAAUUACUCGAGAUUGGAGCCAGGGUUACAGAGUGUGUAAUGACUGCUCAGGAAUUAACAGGUGAUAUCUACUGCAGCUUAAGUU